UCUCUUCCUUCCCACCCUCGCCUCAGCUGUCAAUGAAACGCACUGCCAAUCCAACAGCCUUGGGCAGAAUAACAGACGGGCUGGAGGCUUUCCAUUAAAGUACUUCCUAGCAAUAUGUGUGCAAUGACUCCUCCUUGUUACCUGUAAUGUUCCCCUUGCGCCUCCUUCACCCCCACCUCGGUUUCCCGUAGUGUCCUGCCUAUUGAUGCCUAGCACAGCGAUGUGACAGUGGCAACAGCUCUGGUGGAGGAGGAGGAGGAGGAGAGAAGGGAACGAUCAGCUGGGAGGAUUAUAGCCCUGAACAGACGAAGGAGAACGAGUGAAAGGAGGGGAGGGGAGACUAACCAGCAGGCUGGCAGGCAGCGUGGAAAGGAGACAAACAUAGCACAGGGUCUUGCUGGACGAAUAAAGCUGUGGCAUUGUGCAGGAGGAAGGAAAUCUAUGGACAAGCGAUUGCUCUCCCUGAACACGAUCUGAUAGGAAGAGCUGCAAGGACAGCGAAUAGGCACAGCACAGAUAGAGGGGAAGGAACAGCUCCAUAAUCUGAACGGGGAUCGACUAGUCACACGUCUGCAUUCAGCAAACAGGUGCCGGGAAGCCCUUAGCUUAAUUGACCGCAGCCACUAACAUUAUUACUCACAGGAGGGCACAUUGUAGGCAAAGCCAAAGCUGCCAGGCAGUAAAAGGGAUUUCGUCUAUUUUUCUUCACACUGCCUAUACAAUUAGGUCAAACAAACGAGCUUCCAGGGACGAGCAGAAGGGAGAAAUGAAGGACUAUCUAGCUGGGUUUCGCGUUUGCAAUUAAGGGAACGUAUGGCAGUGCUGUGACAGUAUUGGAUAUGGAUUGCCCGGCUUGGUGGCUCUGGGAAUGAAGAUACAGCCCAGUUCCAGCGAAGAAAAGCAAGGACAUUAUUGUUUAUGAGGGAGGGGGCAGCGAAAAAGGGACCCCCAGAAUCUGUUUGACCUGCUUCCUUCCCCCUCUCCUUUGCAGUAUGGCUGGUGUAAGAAUUUGGGGCUUGAGAAAUCAGCGGCUUUCAGGGUACCCUGAGUCUUCCUGUUAGCAAUGGCAACCUGGAACGCGUCUCAAAGCAUCUUUAAUAGCAUGAGCAACAUCAUUGAGAACCCACACUCCAAAUCUCACCCCGUGAUGGCGUCCAAUGGGGAGUCCUUAUUUAUUCCAGUCACUAUGGAGGUGCCUUGUGACAACCAGGGGACACGUAUGUGGUGGGCAUUCCUGGCCUCUUCUAUGGUGACGUUUUUCGGAGGUCUUUUCAUUAUCCUAGUGUGGAGGACCUUCAAAUACCUGUGGACUGUAUGUUGUCACUGUGGGGGCAAAAACAAGGAUGCACAGAAAGUUGUAAAUGCAGCAAGCAGCCAGGUCACGGAUGGGGACUACAAGCAAACUGAUGAUAAAGAAGAAACAGCAGCACCAGGAGUGGUAGAAGUUGGCUGGAUGACAUCAGUUAAAGACUGGGCAGGGGUUAUGAUUUCUGCCCAGACCCUGACAGGUCGAGUGUUGGUUGUGACAGUCUUUGCUCUGAGCAUUGGAGCACUAAUGAUAUACUUUAUCGACUCAUCAAACCCUAUUGAAACUUGUCAAAACUUUUACAAGGACUUCACUCUUCAAAUAGACAUGGCCUUCAACAUCUUCUUUCUGCUAUAUUUUGGCUUACGGUUUAUAGCUGCCAAUGACAAGCUUUGGUUUUGGCUGGAAGUGAAUUCAGUGGUGGAUUUCUUCACAGUACCUCCUGUGUUUGUGUCAGUUUAUUUAAACAGGAGUUGGCUUGGGCUGAGGUUCCUCCGUGCUUUACGGCUGAUACAGUUUUCAGAAAUCCUGCAAUUUUUAAAUAUUUUAAAAACAAGUAAUUCCAUUAAGCUGGUGAACCUGUGCUCCAUAUUUAUCAGUACUUGGCUGACAGCUGCUGGCUUCAUCCAUUUGGUGGAGAACUCAGGAGAUCCUUGGAGAAAUUUUGAAAACUCCCAGGACCUUUCUUACUGGGAAUGUGUGUACCUGCUCAUGGUUACUAUGUCCACAGUGGGAUAUGGAGAUGUUUAUGCAAAAACAACCCUUGGUCGUCUCUUCAUGGUCUUCUUCAUUCUUGGCGGUUUGGCCAUGUUUGCCAGCUACGUCCCCGAAAUCAUAGAGUUAAUAGGAAACCGAAAGAAAUAUGGUGGUUCAUAUAGUGCAGUUAGUGGACGGAAGCAUAUUGUGGUGUGUGGUCACAUAACUUUAGAAAGCGUGUCCAACUUCUUGAAAGACUUUCUGCACAAGGACCGAGAUGACGUGAAUGUGGAGAUCGUAUUUUUGCACAACAUCUCUCCAAAUUUGGAGUUGGAAGCUUUAUUCAAGAGACACUUUACUCAGGUAGAAUUUUACCAGGGAUCUGUUCUCAAUCCACAUGACCUGGCAAGAGUUAAGAUUGAGUCUGCAGAUGCCUGUCUGAUCCUUGCUAACAAGUACUGUGCUGACCCUGAUGCUGAGGAUGCAUCUAACAUUAUGAGAGUCAUCUCCAUUAAAAAUUAUCACCCUAAGAUAAGGAUCAUCACUCAGAUGUUGCAGUACCACAAUAAGGCUCACCUACUAAAUAUACCUAGCUGGAAUUGGAAAGAAGGAGAUGAUGCCAUCUGUCUUGCUGAGCUGAAACUUGGGUUUAUUGCUCAAAGUUGCUUAGCUCAAGGUCUAUCAACCAUGCUAGCAAACCUCUUUUCCAUGCGUUCCUUUAUCAAGAUCGAGGAAGACACGUGGCAAAAGUAUUAUCUGGAAGGAGUGUCCAAUGAAAUGUAUACAGAAUAUUUAUCCAGUGCUUUUGUGGGCCUAUCAUUCCCUGCGGUUUGUGAGUUGUGCUUUGUGAAGUUGAAGCUACUAAUGAUAGCUAUCGAGUUCAAGUCAGAGAAAGGAGAGAGCAGAAGCAGAAAGCGGAUCAUAAUAAAUCCGGGUAACCAUGUGAAAAUAAAAGAAGGUACCCUGGGAUUUUUUAUUGCCAGUGAUGCCAAAGAAGUAAAACGGGCCUUUUUUUACUGUAAAGCAUGCCACGAUGACAUCACAGACCCAAAGAGGAUAAAGAAAUGCGCCUGCAAGCGACCUACAAGGGAAGAAAAUAGAUUAAGUAUCCACAGGCUUUCUAUUCAUCCCCAGACAGCCAAAGCUAGCUAUUCUGUGGCCAGUUCCAAACUCUGCACAGAACAGCAGGAGCCUGUGCCUCUUGUUAAUAACCGCAAAGGAAGCCUGUUCUUGCCAUGUGAUUCCUCUCUCCUGCACCUGCAGUUACUGGGUUCCUCUGGCACUGAACACCGUACCAGUAUUAAAUUGCAGCGUGCACUGAGCUUGCCAGGCAAAUACCGCUACCACCCCAAUCAGCCAGUACUCAUCCAAAAGCAGUUUGAAGAUGAGCAACCAUCAGCCUUGUCACCAAAAAAAAAGCAACGAAAUGGAGGAAUGAGGCAAUCUCCAAACUCUUCACCUAACAUGAUGAGGCAUGAUCCCCUUCUUAUGACUGGAAAUGAUCAAAUUGAUAAUAUGGAUUCUAGCAGUGUUAAAAGAUAUGAUUCUACUGGUAUGUUCCACUGGUGUCCAGCCAAGGAAUUGGAUAAAGUGCUUCUGACACGGAGUGAAGCUGCCAUGACAGUCCUCAGUGGGCAUGUGGUUGUCUGCAUUUUUGGAGACAUGACAUCGGCACUGAUUGGAGUUCGGAAUUUGGUGAUGCCACUGAGAGCCAGCAAUUUUCAUUACCAUGAGUUGAAACAUAUAGUCUUUGUUGGGUCCCUUGAUUACCUUAAAAGAGAAUGGGAAACACUACACAACUUCCCAAAGGUUUCCAUCUUGCCUGGCACACCAUUAAGUCGAGCAGAUCUGAGAGCUGUCAACAUUAACCUGUGUGACAUGUGCGUUAUUCUGUCAGCCAAUCAGAAUAAUAUUGAUGAUACAUCACUGCAGGACAAAGAAUGCAUUUUGGCAUCUCUCAACAUCAAAUCCAUGCAGUUUGAUGACAGCAUAGGGCUCUUGCAAGCUAACUCUCAAGGGUUUACGCCCCCAGGAAUGGAGAGAUCCUCACCUGAUAAUAGCCCAGUGCAUGGUGUUGCAAGACAGGCAUCCAUAACUACAGGGGCCAACAUUCCCAUAAUUACAGAACUUGCUAAGCCUGGCAAACUGCUGCCUUUGAUUUCAUUCAGUCAGGAAAAAAACAGUGGGACACACAUACCAAUUAUUACAGAGUUGGUGAACGACUCAAAUGUUCAGUUCUUGGACCAGGAUGAUGAUGAUGACCCAGAUACAGAGUUAUACUUGACUCAGCCCUUCGCCUGUGGGACCGCCUUUGCUGUCAGUGUGUUAGACUCCCUUAUGAGUGCAACAUACUUCAAUGAUAACAUUCUGACUCUAAUCAGAACUCUGGUGACUGGGGGAGCAACACCAGAGCUGGAAGCCCUCAUUGCAGAAGAGAACGCUCUGCGUGGGGGUUAUAGCACCCCACAAACUCUAGCAAACAGAGACCGCUGUCGAGUAGCCCAAUUAGCCUUGUAUGAUGGACCAUUUGCAGAUUUGGGGGAUGGUGGCUGUUAUGGAGACCUUUACUGCAAAGCAUUAAAAACUUACAACAUGCUGUGCUUUGGUAUAUACCGACUCCGAGAUGCCCACCUCAGCACACCCAGCCAGUGUACCAAAAGGUACGUUAUCACCAACCCUCCAUAUGAGUUUGAACUGGUUCCCACAGAUCUCAUCUUUUGCCUGAUGCAGUUCGACCAUAAUGCCAGCCAGUCCCGAGCUAGCCUGUCUCACUCUUCACACUCCUCGCACUCAUCUAGCAAAAAAAGUUCAUCUGUUACCUCCAUUCUACACACAGCCUCAGCCAACCGUCAGAACAGAGUCAAGGCUCGAGAUUCCCGUGACAAACAAAAGACGAAUAGAAUGGGCCAAGCAGAAAAGAAAUGGUAUACAGAUGAAACGGAAAACACUUAUCCCAGAAACAUUCAGAUUAAGCCAAUGAGCACACAUAUGGCAAAUCAGAUUAAUCAAUACAAAUCAACAAGCAGCUUGAUACCGCCAAUACGAGAGGUCGAAGAUGAAUGUUGAUUGCAAACCAGAACUUUUUUUUAAGGAAAAAAAACAUAAAGCUUGAAAACUUAUCCAGACCUCUAAGAGGAUGCAUCACUGAAAACAUUAAACUGAACAUGCACCAGGAAACUGAACAGUUGAUAUCACUCACUAGACCUGUCUGUUGCAGAAUUUUGUAUGUUAUUUGGAUACACAAAGCAAAGACUGCAAGAAGGAAAUGUAAAAUAUUUAAUUUAUAAAUGGACAGCAUCUAUAUAGUCAUGUAUAGCCUCUAGUGUUUUAAAUUAUUUUUAUUCAUUAGAAGAAAACAAAUAUACAAAUAUAUAUAUUUUUUGUUCCAUCUUUGCCCAAAAAAAGGUUCAAAAGCCACUGCUAUGGGAGUGUUAUAAAUGAAUUAAUUCACUUUUGUGUCAAAGUGUUAAUUACUAUAAUAGACCACUUGUUGUUUCCCUGCCAGGACACCCUGGAGAUAUUAUCACCUAAAAGUCUACAGAUUUAAAACCUGGCAGGUCUCAUAAAAGGUUGGACAAACUCAUUGUCUUGAAUAUUUUAUGAUGCAGACUAUCAUAUGAGAGCUAAAUUACCUAACAAAACCACCUUUUCUAUUGCUUCAUUAUCACUAACUGAUCAAUAUCAACUGAGCAUUGUGAAUUUGUGUCAUAUUCUGAGAUUUUGGGUCAAAGCUUUUUCUGUAAAAGAUGUCAACAAAACAUUCCAGUAGCCUCAUGUGAAUGGUUUGAUCAGUCCUCGGUUAUGUGCUCAGUAAGUUGCACAGGGUAAAUAUCCUAGACCAGUGCCAUGCAGCUUUUACAGUAAUGGGAUCAUCAUUUCUCAUACCACAUGUUCAAGGGCCUUAUUAUAUUAAAACAAUGAUGUCAUACAAAGGA